CCGUUUGCCCCACUACAACAAUUCCAUAUAGAUAUAAAACCCAGCUGCAACUGAGAUCAGGUCUCAGUGAUCGAGUGAAAAUGCAGCCGUCUAUGAUAUUUAUGCUACUUGGUGGGGUCACCAUCGCCAGUUCGUGUGCCAUCCCAAAUGCUGAUCAAACAAAGAAUUUCAAUGGAAACCAACAGCAGACAAAGUUACCAGAAGUCUCUAUAGAUCAUCCGAAUCCGGAAUCAAAGUCCCAGUUGAAUGCAGAGGAAGAUAUCGAACUCUUUCGAAUGGUACCACAAAGUACCACGAUUCCUAUAGAGGAUCUUGCGCCCACGCGCUCCACCAUUUCAAAUAGGGAGCAAAAGAAGACUUCUAAUGGAAAUAAUGGCGAGAAAAACAUACCAGAAGUCUCUACAGAGAUCACAAUACCGGAACCUAAGUCCCAGUUGAAUGCAGAGGAAGAUAUCGAACUCUUUCGAAUGGUACCACUGCGUACAAACGUUCCUAUAGAAGACCUUGCCUCUGAAAAGAUUGUGCCUUUGCCCACACGUUCUCCAACGCCUCGAACUUACACCAUUUUAAAUGGUGAACAAAAGAAGACUUCUAAUGGAGCUACAGAGAUCACAAUAUCGGAACCUAAGACCCAGUUGAAUGCAGAGGAAGAUAUUGAACUCUUUCGAAUGGUACCACAAAGUACCACGAUUCCUAGAGAAGAUCUUGGCUUUGAAAAGAUUGUGCCUUUGCCCAUCCGUUCUCCAACGCCUCGAACUUACACCAUUUUAAAUGGUGAACAAAAGAAGACUUCUUCUGAGGAGAAUAAGUUACCAGAAGUCGCUACAUCGGAACCUAAGACCCAGUUGAAUGCAGAGGAAGAUAUCGAGCUCUUUCGAAGCACUACGAUUCGUAAAGCAGAAAAGAUUGUGCCUUUACCCACUCGUUCUCCCACUCCUGGGACUACGAUGAUCACCUCCACUUCUCAUGAAGAAAAUCAAGGGACAAAGACAACAGAAAACAUUAUGCCUUUACCAAUUCCUGGAAAUGUUUCGGUCGAGUGUGAGGUCCAGCCAUAUAGUUUUGGACCUCGUUUGAGUGCACAACUUUUGAAAAUACUCACAAUAUUGGGCUAAGAAAACAAAAUGUAGUUUAUUUUUAAAAAGAAUAAAGCAUCAAAAACACCAACGUA